AUGUCGAAGCCUGUUUGUUCUGCAGAUUCGCCUCCUCACAGUCAUGGUUGUUUGGCCGACGAAUUCCUGCGUAGACUGCAUGAACUGCAGUCAACAGGAACCCUAUGCGAUGUGGUGCUGAAGGGUAGCGAAGAAACGGCGCUUGGUAUCCCCUGCCAUCGCAACGUCCUCACCGUCCACAGUGGAUACUUUCGUUCGCUCUUCACGCACGACUGGAAAGAGUCCUCGCAGCGCGAUCUGCAGCUGAAGAGCAUCGACAGUCGCACACUGAACGAACUAGUGCAGUUCGCCUACACGCUGGAUCUGCGCAUUAGUGAGGAGAACAUGGAGUCUCUCUUGGUUGCGGCGCAAUUUCUGCAGAUGGACGCCGUGGCGGGGAUAUGCUGGGAGUACGUGGAGCAGAAGCUGAGCUUGUCCACCUGCCUGGCCGUCCACGCUCUGGCGGCGCAGCACCACCAUCCUCGCCUGCUCGACGCCGCCCUACUCACUGCGCUGAUUGGGUCGGAUGAUGUGGGGGUGUACUGUGAGGAUGAAGUGUGGGAGGCGGUGCGGCGCUGGCUGGAUUAUGACCGUCCCAGACGGCUGCUGCACGUGUCCGCGGUCCUGCAGACUGUCCGUGCCGACUGCAGUACGCGGCGGCCUUGGCCAGUGCGACGACGGGGAUAUGGUAACUACGAUUCGUGUUUUGUGGGGGCGCAGGAAGUGCUCGUCUGCGUGGAGAACUGGGAAGACAAUUGGGAGGCUAGUGCGGUGCAGGUCUUCAGUCCGUCGAUCCCGGCAGUGUGGCGCCUGACCGAUCAGCCGCCGCUCGGUGAGUAUCCCAACGUCGCGAUGCUGGACGAUGGCCGGAUGAUGUUGAUCUCCAUACAAGGAGUGGAAGCGGUCCAGCGCGACCACAGCUACACGCGCCUGAGCGGACCACCGAUGGCACUGGCCGCCAUGCAGACAGUGCGCAGCAGCGAAGCUGCGGCUGUCCUUGAUGGUCGCGUUUUCGUGGCCGGUGGCUAUGGGCAAAUGCCAGUUCCGGUGCCAGUACUGUCGUCCGUCGAAGCAUAUGUCCCGAAGAGUAAUUCAUGGAGUGCGGUGGCCCCACUACCCGUCGGUCUGAUGAAUUUGGUGAUGGUGGCGUAUGGCGGGCUGUUGUAUGCGUUCGGUGGAGAAACGGAAGAUGGACACGUUAGCAAUGGUGCCUUUGCCUACGAUCCAGCCGCCAACGCCUGGAGCCGGUUGCACGAUUACGCCCAGCGCCCGCUACAAUUGCGCUGCGUGUGUGGCGCCCGACGGACUGAUUUACGUAGUGGGUAUGAGUAUGACUGUGUCGGUAUGAGUGCUAUGGACAAGAGUGCCUACAGCAUAGUCAUAGGAAAAUGGCCCGGCGAUCUGGUCCAUCCGCGCAAUGAGCCAGCCUGUGCGUGUCUGCAGGGGAAGUUGUACGUCCUGGGUGGGAACGCUUCGUGGGAUCGCCGAAUCCGCGAUGCUGACGACGCCAGCAUCGAAGUGUACGACCCCGAUGCGGACCGCUGGCAGCUGCAUGAGUGCCGACUUUCGGAAGACAUCGUGGGCGGAAGCUCUGUCAAGAUGAAACUGAAGCGGGCUUGA